AUGCUGGACAGUGGAGGGGGAGGGAGUGGUCCCAUACUGGACAGUGGAGGGAGAGGUCCCAUGCUAGACAGUGGAGGGAGAGAAAGGGACCACGUGCUGGACAGUGGAGGGGGAGGAAGGGGCCACGUGCUGGACAGUGGAGGGAGAGGGAGAGGUCCCAUGCUGGACAGUGGAGGGGGAGGGAGUGGUCCCAUCCUGGACAGUGGAGGGAGAGGGAGAGGUCCCAUGCUGGACAGUGGAGGGAGAGGAAGGGACCAAGUGCUGGGCAGUGGAGGGGGAGGAAGGGGCCACGUGCUAGACAGUGGAGGGAGACGGAGGGUCCCAUGCUGGACAGUGGAGGGGGAGGGAGUGGUCCCAUACUGGACAGUGGAGGGAGAGGUCCCAUGCUGGACAGUGGAGGGAGAGGAAGGGACCACGUGCUGGACAGUGGAGGGGGAGGAAGGGGCCACGUGCUGGACAGUGGAGGGAGAGGGAGAGGUCCCAUGCUGGACAGUGGAGGGGGAGGGAGUGGUCCCAUACUGGACAGUGGAGGGAGAGGGAGAGGCCCCAUGCUGGACAGUGGAGGGGGAGGGAGAGGUCCCAUACUGGACAGUGGAGGGGGAGGGAGAGGUCCCAUACUGGACAGUGGAGGGGGAGGGAGAGGUCCCAUACUGGACAGUGGAGGGGGAGGGAGUGGUCCCAUACUGGACAGUGGAGGGAGAGGGAGAGGCCCCAUGCUGGACAGUGGAGGGGGAGGGAGAGGUCCCAUACUGGACAGUGGAGGGGGAGGGAGAGGUCCCAUGCUGGACAGUGGAGGGAGAGGGAGUGGUCCCAUACUGGACAGUGGAGGGGGAGGGAGUGGUCCCAUACUGGACAGUGGAGGGGGGAGGGAGUGGUCCCAUACUGGACAGUGGAGGGAGAGGGAGAGGUCCCAUACUGGACAGUGGAGGGGGAGGGAGAGGCCCCAUGCUGGACAGUGGAGUGAGAGGGAGAGGUCCCAUACUGGACAGUGGAGGGAGACGGAGAGGACCCAUACUGGACAGUGGAGGGAGAGGGAGAGGUCCCAUGCUGGACAGUGGAGUGAGAGGGAGAGGUCCCAUACUGGACAGUGGAGGGGGAGGGAGAGGUCCCAUGCUGGACAGUGGAGGGGGAGGGAGAGGUCCCAUGCUGGACAGUGGAGGGAGAGGAAGGGACCACGUGCUUGACAGUGGAGGGGGAGGGAGCGGCCACGUGCUAGACAGUGGCGGGAGAGGGAGUGUCCCAUGCUGGACAGCGGGAGGGGGAGGGAGUGGUCCCAUACUGGACAGUGGAGGGAGAGGGAGUGGUCCCAUGCUGGACAGUGGAGGGAGAUGA